AUGGCUACAUCAAAAUUAAACAAGGAACUAUACAAGAAUAUAACUCUUUUAAAAUUAUUAAAUACAACUACAGAUCCUAAGUUUGUACUUGAUGAAUCACCAUUUAAGGGAGAUGAUGAUGAACAAAAUUCAGCUGCUUCCGCAGCUUCAGCAGAAAUCUUGAUUAUUGGACGAAUUUUCCCGGAAUCCGACAUAUUUAGAGAAGGUGCAUUUCAAAUUGAAAUGAAAAUAACGCAAAAUUUUCCAUUUGACCCACCAGAAGUACGUUUUCUUACUCCAAUUUAUCAUCCAAAUGUUGAUAAAGAUGAACUGGGUCGUGAAUAUAUGGAAAAUCGGCCUGAAUUUAACCGUAAAGCAUUAGAAUUUGUCAAAAAACAUGCUUUGCCACGCAACUGA